AUGGAGCAACAGCAGCAGCAGCAACAACAACAGCAGUUAUCAAGGUCUGUUGUACAUUCAGGCUUUCUAACCAAACAAGGUGAAAGAGUAAAGAAUUGGAAGGUUAGAUGGUUCAUCUUAAAGAAUGAUUCUUUAUCUUAUUAUACAACUAAUUUAAAUUGGAUAGAUAUUAACACGAUCAACAUUUAUACCACUACACAGCAAACAAGUAAACCAAAAGGAAUUAUACCAAUAACAAGAACAACAGAAGUAAACUAUACAUUAUGUAAAAAUAGAAAUAAUUGCUUUACUAUUACAAACUCUGAUAAUUCAGCAACUGCUGCAACUACAUCUUCUACCUCUUCUAGUACAACAACAUCAAAUAAUAAUAAUAAUAAUAGUUCAUCAUCUAGAGUUUAUUUAAUUUCAUGUCAAACUGUAAUAGAUCAAAAGAAAUGGGUUGAUAUGAUUAAAAAGGCUACUACUGGUCAAUUGGAUACAACUACAACUAUGACUAGUAGUAAUUCAACACCAAUGUCAUUUAUUAAUCCAAGUGUUGGUGUAAUUAGUGAUGUUAUGGCAAGUAGAUCAUUGACUACAUCGUUGGCUACAUCAAAUUCAUUGGCCGAUCAGCUAUCUUCGUCACUCAAAGAUUUGGCAAUUGGAUGGAAGAGAAAAGAGUCGUUUGCACAAGCACCUUCAUUGCUUACUCAUCAACGAUCACAAGAGUCGGUGAGUUCAACCAUGAAGGUAUCACUGUCCAAGAGAAAGUUGAGGUUCCGACAAGAAAACUUGGAUGUUCCCUACCUUGCAUUUGGUGAUGAACAACCACCCGAUGAAAUACUCGAACAAACCUACAACAAUCUCGGCGACAACCUCGAAAAGAAACAAAAACAACAUCGUCCACGACCCAUCCCAAUCAUUGUCAACAAAAAUGAUAACCCCUAUUCUGCCAACAAUAGUAGUGGAAGUAGUGGAAGCAGUGGCAGUAGUAGUGGUGGUACCAAUACACCAACAUCUGGUCCAUCAACUCCAUCCACUUCAUCAUCUUCACCAUCCUCUCCAACCAAUACCACUCCAACCACAACCCCUUCACCUCCACCUCAUUUAAAUUUAGCGAUCAAUAAUAAUCAAAAUAACAAUAAUCAAAAUAAUAAUAAUAAUAAUCAAAAUAAUAAUUCACCAUUUUACAAACCUUAUACAUUAUUGAAUAGGAAUAAUCGAUCACCAACCAUAUUUCAUCCACCUCCAAAUGUUGAACAACAACAACAACAACAACAACAACAAUCAGUUACUAAAGCUGUUGUUACAGCAAGUCAACCAAAGAUAUUAGUAUUUCAUCUUGCAAAGGAAUACUUUCAAAUUCAUAAUCUUGGAACAUCACCUAUACAAUAUGAAAUCCUAUCACCUUUUGAUAUAAACUAUACAAUUAGCUUUGAACCUGCCAGUGGAACGAUUCCAGUGGGUUCGUCGAUCACCAUCGAGGUGGAGUUGGUUGUAUACAAUGCCAUUUCAAUCGAUAUCUAUAGUACCAUACAUAUUAGAGGAGGUAUAGAGUUUACUCUCUUUUCUCACAUUGACUCUGACCCUAUCCUCCCACUAUUUUUGUUGGCCUGUAGUGGCACCGUACUCAAUGGAAUUGAACAAGAGACAAUGUUACAAUUUAUGCGUGACAAGCCAGACCUCAUCAAACCAGUACAAGAACUAGCUCACCAAAUGAUCCUCUCUGGUAGAAACAUUAAUCCAAAAACUCAAAGUCCACCUCCUCUUCAUUUAAAACAAGCUAAUCAAAUAUUAACUGGUAGAAAAGAUGUAUAUAAUCAAAAUAAUAAUAACAAUAAUAAUAAUAAUAAUAAUAAUGUUGAUAAUAGUAAUAAUAGUAUUAGUACAAUUGAUUCAAAUGAUGGUUCUACUACUAGUUCACAAACAAACAAAUCUUCUAGAAAGACAGGUAUUAGAUUAACCAAACAUGUAUUAUAUUUCCAACAAAGAUCAAAUAUGACAAAACCAAUAUCAAUCUAUCAAUUGCUAAAUGAUAAGUUUCUAUUGUCAAACUCUACCGACAAGGAUGCAUCAUUUCAAUUUUACAUUAAUAAUAAUAGUAAACCACUCGAUUCAAGUAGACCACCAUACAAGUUAUCAUUUGUACCAAUGAAUGGUGUGUUGGCCAAAGGUGAGUGGUUUACCAUUCGAUGUUCAUUGACUGUAUUUCAAGAGAUGGAAGUAAACGAGGUGGUACAAUUGGUGAUAAACUCUAAACAAGUUUAUUAUAUUUUGAUUAGAGUAAAGGCAAACGCUAUCCACCCUGGAAACAAAGAGAUUGAUGUUGAUCAAGAAAUUACACUCCAACACCGACUGGGAACAGGUGCUGCAGGCGAUGUCUACAUGGGUCUCAUAUCAGCCAACAACCUCAAACAACAUGUCUCUAGAGUAUCGUUUGAACAGUGUAAAUGGUUACGUCGGUCACCAUCAGACCUCAAUAUUAUGGUUGCCGUCAAACUGCUCCAUCAAUUCCAAGAGCCAUCGACAGAGAUUGUACAAGACUUUUUCAACGAAGUUCAGACACUUAGUAUUCUCAACCAUCCCAACGUCGUCAAAUAUGUAGGUGGGUGUACUGUUAUUGGUAAAUGGGCGAUUAUCAUGGAGUAUAUGCCAGGUGGUAGUCUCUAUGAUGUUUUACACGACCGUAUCAUCGAGUUGCCAUACCGACUCAUUCUCCGCAUGGCAAUUGAUAUUGCAAAGGGUAUUCAUUACCUACACACACUCGGUAUGCUCCAUCUCGACCUAAAGUCUCCCAAUCUACUGAUUGCAUCACUAUCACCCAAUGCCCGUGUGCACAUCAAGGUGGCCGAUUUCAACACGUGUAUCAACCGCGGUCGUCUCACGGGACUAUUUGCACCCAAGCGAUAUUCAGAGCCACUCAAGGGAACGACGGCGUGGAUGGCACCAGAAAUCAUCCGACGAAGUGGGAUCUAUACGGAAAAGGUCGAUGUCUAUUCGUUUGGCGUCAUUCUCUGGGAAAUGAUUACCAGAGAGCUACCCUAUGCACAGGUGCGGUUCAACUCGGUGGUCGAAGAGAUGGUACUUCGUGGAGAAAGACCACCCAUCCCCGAUAUUUGUCCGCCCGACUAUCGCCAAUUACUCGAGCAUUGUUGGUCAGACGACCCAACCGCUCGACCCAUGUUUGACCAAAUCAUCCAUACACUCACGCUCAUGUUACAACAACACGAGAUCCAAGAACAAAAGGCUAAAUCUUCAUUUAGAGGGUUACGUCGUGUACACAGUGGCAGUAGUAUUUUCAUUCAACCUGCAAGUCUAACAAACUCUUCACCUGUCAUGGUUGUUGGUGGUGAUAAUAUUGAAAUUCUCUCAACUCCUCCUACUACGACUCUAUCACCACCCUCGGCAGCAGACAAUUUAUUAAAUAAUAUAUUAAAUGAUGAAAUGUUGGUAAAGAAAUCGACAACAAAAGAAAAUGCAAGUAGAUUAAAAGUAUCAAAUAGUAAAUCAAAAUUAUACUUUAAACAUAAUAGACCAAAGAGCUCAACAUUGGGAUCAUCAUCAUCAUUUCUACACAAUGCCAACAACAACAACAAUAAUAGUAAUAUUAGUAAUUUCAAACGAAUCGAUGAUUAUAAUAAUAAUAAUAAUUAUAGUAAUAUAUCGAUUCAACAACCAUCAACCAAAGUGGAUUCAAAUCUUCCAUUUAAAUUUUCACCUCCAUCAUCACCACAAAACUCAUCAUUCCUUGGCAAAAAGACAAGGAUCGAUGAAGACUUGAUACAACAAAACGAAUUGGAAAAGAGAAACUCUAUGGUCCUAAUGUUUAAACCUUCUUUUACAAAAGCAAGUCCUUCAAAAUUUAAAUUUAAACCUUUAAAUAAUAAUAAUAAUAAUAACAAACAAUAG